AUGAACGGUGUUCUAUGGAUUUGCAAUACAAACAAGUUGUUCAGUGUCCAAAACAUGAACGAACAAGAUGUGGAUCAUUCGCCCCCUGCCUCCUCUUUGCUGCCUCCUGGAUGGAACAGAGAGGUCAAGCAAAGGAAAACAGGGAAAACUGCUGGGAAAACUGAUGUGUAUAUCAUAAGUCCCAGUGGGCAGAAGUUUCGCUCCAAGACUUCUUUAGAAGCUUUUCUGCAGAAAAACACAGAGAGGAGUUUUGACAUAAGCAUAGAAGGUGAUGAGAAUGUUAUUUCAGAGCUGGAGACAGUGAAGAGCAGCAAUGAUGAGACACUGGAGCAGGUGUUAUCGCCUCACAUCCCAGUCGGGAGUAAGACGCCUGAGAGAGAUUCUCAAAAUAAAUCAAGGAAGUCGCAAGACAACAGGAAAACUAGUCCGUAUUUCAGCAAGGCAAACAUCAGAGACUGGCCGAGAUCACCAAGAAGGAAAGUUUUCAAGAAAUGGACACCACCUCGAUCUCCAUUCAACCUUGUCCAAGAAACUCUUUUUCACGACCCUUGGAAGCUCUUGGUCGCAACCAUAUUUCUGAAUAAGACAAGUGGCAAGUUGGCGAUACCGGUGCUCUGGCAGUUCUUUGAGAGUUACCCUACAGCUGAGGUCACACGAGAAGCAGACUGGAACCCCAUAUCUGAAAUGAUGAAACCGCUCGGUCUUUAUCAACUCAGAGCCAAGACAAUCAUUCGCUUUUCAGAUGAAUAUCUCACCAAACAGUGGCGCUACCCCAUUGAAUUGCAUGGUAUUGGUAAAUAUGGCAACGACUCGUUCAGAAUCUUCUGCGUGGAGGAGUGGAAAGACGUGACACCUAAGGAUCACAUGUUAAAUAAAUAUCAUGCCUGGUUAUGGGAGAACCAGGAAGCACUCGAAUGUGCCACAUGGGCAAGCAAACGUCCUAUUCCAAGACUGGACCCUUUGCAUCCACCUUCUGUCCAAAAGCGCACUGUUUGUCUGGAGACCCCUGCUGUUCACCACCACAACCACCAGAGGGCGUUGAUAAUGCAGAGGAAAGAACAUUACAGAUUCCAUCAAGUGUGGCGAAAACCCUUUUACGGAACCAGCAUUGAGAGGGAGGAGUACAGGAAAGAAAUCCGCAACCACUUAAAAAAGCAGAUGGAAGAUAAACAUGUAGCUCGGAGGCUCCAAUUUACUGACAGAGCGAAAGAAGCUGAGUAUUUGAGUGAAAAGGAUCGCCUGGAUUUGUUCGAAGAAAAAGAGCAAAAGAUUCAGCACAGACAAGCUAUGACGGCUUUUAGGGACGAGAACAAACGGCUAAUGGAGCAGAGCUGGAGGGACAGAGCACUAACACGUUCCCAGGAGGUUCUGAAGGAGAGGGAGCUGCUGAGACUCAACCCCAUUAACUGGAGUGGCACUCUCAAAUAG